AUGUUUAUAGAUUUUAUUAUAUUCUGUUUUUGUUUUGUAGGUGUUUUUAUUGUUGCUGCUAAGAGAACCCCAUUUGGUACCUUUGGGGGAGUUCUAAAAGAUCACACCGCGACAGACUUGGGAGAGAUCGCAGCAAAAGCCGCCCUUGCAGCAGGCAAUGUGGCCCCUGAUGCCGUAGAUAGUGUGAUCUUUGGAAAUGUUGCUCAGACUUCCAGCGACGCCAUCUACCUUACCAGGCACAUAGGACUCCGUGUCGGCAUCCCCAUUCCUGUUCCGGCUCUAACGGUCAACAGACUGUGUGGUUCUGGCUUCCAGUCUGUCGUCAAUGGAUGCCAGGAAAUUGCCCUGCGAGAGUCGGAGAUCGUCAUGUGCGGAGGCUCGGAGAGCAUGAGCCAGUCUCCAUACGCUGUUCGAAAUAUCCGAUUUGGAACCAAGCUUGGAGUGGAUCUCAAGAUGGAGGAUACUCUCUGGGCUGGCCUUACUGAUUCCAUGAUAAAGACCCCCAUGGCCAUCACAGCUGAGAACUUGGCUGAAAAAUAUGUGAUCUCCAGGAAGGACUGUGACAACUUUGGCUACCGGAGCCAACAGAGAUGGAAAGCCGCUCAGGACGCUGGAUACUUCACUGCAGAAAUGGUCCCAAUUGAAUUGAAAACAAAGAAAGGACCUGUGAAAAUGGAGCAAGACGAGCACCCGAGACCCCAGACUACCCUGGAGCAGAUGGCCAAACUGCCACCAGUGUUCAAGAAGGAUGGAGUGGUGACUGCUGGGAACGCCUCGGGUAUCUCUGAUGGAGCCGGAGUUCUCAUCUUGGCCAGUGAAGAAGCCGUUACACAGCACAAGCUCACCCCACUCGCCAGGAUUGUAGCCUAUCAUGUGUCUGGGUGUGAUCCCAAGAUUAUGGGCAUCGGCCCUGUUCCUGCCGUUACUGAAGCACUCAAGAAAGCUGGUCUAACCCUGAAGGACAUGGAUCUUGUGGAGGUGAAUGAGGCUUUUGCUGCUCAGUACUUGUCAGUGGAGAAGGUUCUAGGCCUGGAUCCUGAGAAGACGAAUGUGAAUGGAGGAGCCAUAGCUCUGGGCCACCCUCUGGCUGCAUCUGGUUCUCGAAUCACAGCUCAUCUUACUCAUGAAUUAAGGCGCCGUGGUGGUAAAUACGCUGUAGGAUCUGCCUGUAUUGGAGGAGGUCAGGGUAUUGCUGUCAUUCUGGAGAAUGUGGCCCAAGCAUAA